AUGGACGAUACCGACAAACCUGAUCCUAUACUUAAGCAAGUGCCAUUGAUUAAAAAUCCUUCCUACCAGCCGCCAAAAGCAAUAUCAUUGAGAACCAAUUAUAGCAAGCUCUUGCCAACUUUGUCCCAUACCGUUGUUCCACCGAAUCUCAACAUUACUAAAGAGGACAUUGAUAAGUGGCUGAAUGAAAUUGACGAGUACAAGACUAUGAUUGCAAAUGAGCAAAAGACAGACAGUUCUGUAGUGAAUUACGAGAAAUGGAUCAAAGAGCAAAGCACCAAAGUUGCACCUGGAUUUGAUUACGAUAUUCUUACGCCAAAAAAGUGA